AAGCGUUUGUUUCACAACUCAGGAGAAAUGAUCAACAAUUGUCGCCCUUGGAGGCUCUUGCUCCUCAUAGUGUUGAUUGGUGGAGAGUGUUCGGGGAGACUUUUCAUGCAUCGUAGGUCAAAGUUCGAGGCCACGGUGCCCACUUGGACUCUACCUGGUUCAACGUCACUUUGCCGGUGUAGAAACCAGUGCUUCGUUCAACCUAACUGCACGGCGGUUUCAGUCCAGCAAAAUUCAAGCGGCGUUUACUGUGCCUUCACCGCUGAGCCAACACCUGGAAACUACCUCGUGAACUCCAACGACGCUGAUGCUGUGUUUGCUACGACAGAAGAGAACAGGCCCGCAGCCUACAGGACCUCUGCACCUACAUCGACUCCUUCGGGAACUACAACCAAAACCACGGAUCUCGAACAGGAGUUUCAACCACAUCUCACAACAUCCUCGCCACCAGGAACCUCAGAGAGCAGCCCCGCAGCCUACACAACCUCCUCUACACCUACAUCGACUCCUUCGGAAAUGACAACCAAACCUACGGAUCUGUACCUACAUCAGACCCACGGAUCUGCUCCUACAUCAACUCCUUCGGGAACGACAACUGAUCCCAUGGAUCUCGAACAGGCAUUUCAAUCACAUUCCGCAACAUCCUGGGCACCAGAAACCUCAGAGAACAGCCCCGCAGCCCACAAGAAUUCCUCUGCACAUACAUCGACUCCUUCGGGAACGACAACCACACCCAUACAGGAGUCUCAACCACAUCCCGCAACACCCUCGCCACCAGAAACCCCAGAGAGCAGUCUCGCAGACUACGAGACCAAUGCACUUACAUCGACUCCUUCGGAAACGACAACCAAAUCCACGGAUCUCGUGCAGGAGCUUCAAUCACAUCCCUCAACAUCCUCGCCAGCAGAAACCUCAGAGUCGAGCACAGUCUCAGUAAUGAACGCUGAUUCACUGCCAGACGUGGCCUCUGAGGCAGGUCAUGACGCCUUCUCUCAGAAUUCGCAAAACACACCUUGGAGAGGAAAAGAAGCGGUUUCGAAUCCUUAAACCGUUACACUUUUAUUGCGAAAGGGCUUAUUCGGACAUUGCGUGGUACUAUCUCACGGUCAAAUACAUGUAUACACCUUCACAGUCUGUUAAGAUUUUGUAAAAGUAUUGAAUGUAAAAUGGAAUAACACAGAGGAA